AGCAGAUGCAGCAGCAGAUCUGAAGAGAGAAACUGAGCUGUCCCAGCAUGACGGGAAGAAUGAGUCUCCUCUUCAGCCUCAUCAUAGCAGUGUAUUUUUCUGGCAUCGCUGCUCAGACAAGAGAGUGUGAAAAUGCCACCGCGGCCGACAUCGUCUUCCUAGUCGAUGGCUCCUCCAGCAUUGGCCCUACUAACUUUCAAGAGGUCCGGACUUUUCUCCGGAACAUCGUAAGGGUCCUCGACAUCGGCCGCGACAACAUUCGGAUAGGCUUGGCUCAGUACAAUGAAGAACCUUACAAGGAGUUCCUGCUGAAGGAUCACAUGGACAAGAGGUCCCUGCUGGCUGCAGUGGAAAAAAUUCCCUACCGAACAGGAAACACGAAUACAGGAAAGGCCAUGGAGUUCCUCCUGAAAGAGUACUUCACCAAACAGGCAGGUAGCCGAAUCGAUCAACGGGUGCCCCGGAUCGCUGUGGUGCUCACAGAUGGGGAGUCAGCUGAUAAAGUGGAAGCACCCGCCCAGAAACUUAGGCAGCAUGGAGUCAUUGUGUUUGGCAUUGGGGUGGGUGACGUCAACAAGACAGAGCUUGAGACCAUUGCCAACUGGCCUCCAGAACGCUUCCUCCACACCAUCGACAGCUACCAGGCUCUGCAGAGGCUGACGGACCGCCUGCUGCAAACUGUUUGUGAAUCUGUGGAGUAUGAAUUGGAAGCCUUGGCCGACAGGUACGCAGAUAUUUUCUUCCUGGUGGACAGUGGCACAACUCAAAGACAGUUUGCAACGUUCAGGGGUGACCUCAACAAAUUGACCAAUCAACUUAAUGUCUCAGAGUCCACCUACCGUAUUGGUUUGGCCCAGUACGGCGAAUCUACCACAGUUGACUUCUUUCUCAAUACCUACAAAACUAAACAGGAGAUCCAAAAUGCUGUCAAACGUUUCCGCCUGCGCCCACAACCCAACCGACCACGUAACCUGGGCAGUGCUCUGCAGUAUGCCAAAACUCACUUUUUUACCAAAGAGGCAGGGGGCCGUGCAGACCAAGGCGCCCGACAGUACCUGGUUGUUGUGACUGGAAAAGACUCAGAUGAUCCUGUGUCUCGGGAUGCUCAAUUAAUCAAAUCAGAAGGAGUGACUCUUAUUGGGAUGAGUGCAGGUGCAGACAUGAGGGCAUUAGACGUAUUUGACUACACAUUCCCGGAUCUCAAAGUGGUUGUUUUGAAGGAUAUCAUGAUGGCUGAGAUAAAGGAAAAUACAACUGGAGAUUGCAAAGGAGUCAAUCUGGCAGACAUUGUGUUCAUCGUUGAUGAGUCUGGAAGCAUUGGAAAAUCCAACUUCAUGCUGAUGCGCAAGUUCCUGGGGUCACUUGUGAGCAGCCUGGAUGUCGAUAAAUCCAGAGUCAGAGUGGGCAUCGUUACGUACAACAGGGUCUCAACACCGCAGGCCUUCCUUAACUCGUUCAGUCACAAGGCCGAAGUCCUGCAAUUCCUCAAGCACCUACCUUACAGAGGAGGUGGUACGUACACUGGAGCUGCCCUAAACUUCACGCGGGACAACGUCUUCAUUAAGAAAAUGGGCAGCAGAAAGGAUAGAGGUAUCAAGCAGGUGGCGGUGGUGAUCACUGAUGGUAAAUCCGAGGAUUCUGUGAGCGAUGCUGCAAUCAGUCUCCGUCGAGCUGGUGUCACCGUUUACUGUGUAGGAGUUGAAAAUGCCGUUGAGAAUGAACUGAAGACGAUGGCGUCUUAUCCCCUCGACAGGCAUGUUUUUAAUGUGAAACGUUUCACUGAGCUGAAGGUGCUGAAGCAGAGCCUGCAGAAAAUCCUGUGUGAAAACAUCAUUGAAAGAGACAUCCAAGUCAUCACAAGUGAAGAAGAAACAAAAAAAGCAUGUAUACAAAAGGAUGAGGCAGACAUCUACUUCCUAAUGGACGACUCAGAAAGCAUUGGGAACCAAGACUUCCGGGAAAUGAAGGACUUCAUUAUCAAGUUUCUUAAAACCUUCCAUAUUGGGCCAGAUAAUGUCCGUGUGGGGCUUGUUAAAUAUUCUGAUGAUCCACUUUUGCAAAUUGAUAUAACAGAAUAUUCAGAUGUCCAGUCACUGGAGGAAGCCGUUGAGGGUAUUAGUCACGAUGGAGGUGGGACAAAGACAGGAAAAGCCCUAUCAUCCAUGGUCCAGCGCUUUAAGAGAUCAGCUCGGGAUCACAAAGUCCCAGAGUACCUGAUUGUAAUCACAGAUGGGGAAUCCACUGAUGAUGUCAGUGCUCCUGCAGCGGAACUGAAAGCGCAGGGUAUCAUCAUCUAUGCCAUCGGCGUGAAAGGCUCAAGAGAAGAUGAGCUGAAACAGAUUGCCAGUGACCCCAAGAAGGCUAUCUUUGUCAACAAUUUUGAUGCCUUGAAAUCAAUCAACAAGGACAUCGUCAUAGACAUCUGCUCUGAAGACGCUUGCAAGGAGGUACAGGGCGACAUCUUCUUCUUAACUGACAGCUCUGAGAGCAUUUCUGAAGAAGACUUCAAGGCAAUGAAAGAGUUCAUGAAAUCUGUCAUCAGGAAGACCAACAUCGGGCAGAACAAGGUGCAUGUUGGUGUCAUGCAGUUCAGCACCAGUUACAAUCUGGAGUUUCGCCUCGACCAAUACUACAACGUAGAUGAAAUUGCGAAUGCCAUUGAUGGUAUGCAGCAGAUGAAUGAAGGCACACUCACAGGGAAGGCCAUCACUGAGGUGUCACAGUACUUUGAUAACAACAGAGGAGGGCGUCCUGAACUGACUCAGAGGUUGAUAGUGAUAACAGACGGUGAAGCCAAAGAUAAGGUCGACGGCCCCGCUGAGGCUUUGAGGAAUAAGGGAGUGGUGAUCUACGCCAUUGGUGUGAUGAGCGCCAACAUGACCCAGCUGCUGGAGAUCAGCGGUUCAUCGGAGAGGGUGUAUUCUGAGAAGGACUUUGAUGGGCUUAAGGACUUGGAGAGCAAGGUGGCCUUGAAGAUCUGUGAGAAAAAAUGUGUGAUAGAAAAAGCUGAUGUCAUUUUCCUGGUGGACAGCUCCAAAAGCAUAGAUUCAACUGAGUAUCAAAGCAUGUGCAGGUUUAUGGAGAAAAUAGUGGACCAAACCACGGUUGCCAGGAACCUGAUUCAGUUUGGGCUUAUUUCCUACUCUGAUGACUCCAUGUUACAUUUUACUCUGGAUACCUAUGACUCAAAACGAAAAGUCCUUGAAGCAAUACCAAAGGUAAAGCCACCAGAAGGAGACACCUACACAGGGGAGGCCAUGGAAUUCUCAUUAAAAUACUUUGGCGCUGAAUAUGGUGGCCGGAAAGGCGUGCCACAGAUUCUCAUGGUGAUCACAGACGGGGAAGCCACCAACCCUCACAUCUUAAAGGGGUCAUCUGAUAAACUACGACAGAACGGGGUAAUUGUCCUCAGUAUUGGAGUGAAAGACGCAAAAAGGGAUGAACUGCUGACGAUGGCUGGUGGCGACGAGUCCAAAGUUUUCCAAGUAGAAGAUUUUGCAGCUCUGGAAGCUCAGUACAAGAAAAUAACUUCUAUCCUCUGCAAUAACACUAAGCCAGAUUGCAAAGUUGCUGACCUGGUCUUCCUACUUGAUCGGUCUAGCAGCCUCAACCAAGAUGAACACAAAAUCAUGAAAACCUUCACGAAAGACCUAGUGAAGAAAUUUAAAGUCAGUAAAGAAGCUGUGCGUGUUGGACUCGCACAGUUCAGCACACAGCCUUAUCAUGAGUUUUACCUCAAGGACUACUACCAGGAGAAGCCUUUGGUUGAAAGGAUCGAACAAUUACUAUACACCGGUGGAGACACCUACCUUGCAGCGGGCCUGAGGCACAUUGAGAAAUACUUUGAGGCGGGGCAUGGCAGUCGUAGUGAGGUCCCCAAGAACCUGGUGGUGAUCACAGAUGGCGGUGCUCAUGAUUUGGAUGAAGUGGAGGAUAUGGCCGAAAUUCUAAAGAACAGGAAUAUUGAGAUGUUUGUCAUCGGUGUUGGAGACGUCCACACCCUGCCACUCCUGCAGAUCACUGGCGACCCAGAGAGGCUGUUUACUGUGCGGAACUUCAAUGGCUUAACCCAUAUCAAGCAAAAGGUGAUCGAUGUCAUGUGUGAUUACCCUGUAUAUCCCACUCCUCCCCCUCCUCCCCCUCCUCCCCCUCCUACCGUCACUCCCCACCCUCCCUUCCCUCCGAUCUAUACGACCACCCCAAUCCCACCUAAACCCCAAAUAGUUUGCACCAUUGAUAUUGCCAUGGGAUUCGAUAUUUCUCAAAGAACUGGAGCUCCGGGUGAGAUGCUGAUCAGCGGCCACACCAAGCUCCAGACCUUCCUGCCAAAGAUUGCCUAUUAUGUUUCUUCAGUACAAGGCCUGUGCUGUGUUGGCCCGAAACCUAUCAAGACCAACAUCGCCUUCCAAGUGAUAGAUGCUGAUGGAUCUUCCUUGUACGACACAAACUUCGAAGAAUACAAUGAGGACGUGGUGAAUAAAGUCAUGCGCCUGCGAAUAUCUAAACCCACAUAUUUCAACAGUGCCCUGCUGAAUGUCUUCAAGGAGAAGUUCAGGCUCAAAUCCCGGGCUCAUGUGAAGGUGCUGGUGAUCUUCUCAGAUGGACUCGAUGAAGACGUGAUGAAACUGGAGUCUGUAUCAGAGCAGCUGCGGAAGUCUGGGGUCAGCGCUUUGCUGACUGUGGCUCUAGAGGGCGCGCAUGACCCCGCCCAGCUGCAGAUGUUGGAGUAUGGCCGAGGAUUCGGCUACAACCUUCCUCUCAGCAUUGGUAUGCCAAGCGUCGGCAGCACCAUCCUCAAUCAGAUCGACGCGGUGGCAAAUAGGAUAUGCUGCAACGUCACUUGCAAAUGUACAGGUCAUGAAGGCAUGCGUGGCUUUCCAGGAAAACCGGGACUAAAGGGUGGGCCUGGACAGAAGGGCCAGUCGGGCUUCCCAGGAGAGGAAGGAGUCGCUGGUGAACGAGGGCCUCCUGGACCAAGUGGACCUCCGGGCAUCGAGGGCUGUCCUGGACCCAGAGGACAGAAGGGCUUCCGAGGAGGUUCAGGCGACAGGGGCGAAGACGGAGAGGACGGAGUGGAGGGAAUCAACGGAGAGCAGGGACUGACGGGACUCGAUGGAGCUCGAGGAGAGAAAGGAGAUCCAGGAAACCCAGGUAUCACAGGAAUCAGAGGGGAGAAGGGGCAGAAAGGAGAGCGAGGACUGAGAGGAGAUCCGGGUGAACGGGGAGCUGAUAACAACAAGCCAGGACCUAAAGGAGAGCCUGGGAACCCAGGUUUGCCGGGUUUGUCUGGACCAGACGGGCUGCCAGGUGGUGACGGAGAAGUCGGAGACCCGGGUCCAGAUGGAAGAAGAGGCUCUCCGGGUGAGAAGAGUUUACCAGGAGAUCCAGGUGACCCAGGACUUCCUGGCAGCCCAGGUGCUGCUGGUCCACAGGGACGCAGAGGGGGAUCCGGUGAACGUGGACCAAAAGGAAUCAAUGGUUCUCCUGGACCUCAGGGACCACAAGGAUCACCUGGAGACAAGGGAUUAGCUGGACGCCGUGGCCCUAAUGGACAGAAGGGCCAACCAGGAGAGCCGGGUGUUAAGGGAGCUCCGGGAUCAGAGGGACCCAGAGGGACGCCGGGUGAGGACGGCAGAGACGGAUUCGGACCUAAAGGAUCCAAGGGUGUCAAGGGAGAUCCUGGUUUCCCUGGUUACCCCGGUCUUGUGGGUGAGGACGGUCAGAAGGGAACUAUAGGAUAUCCAGGACGUAAAGGGAACCAAGGUCGAGGGGGGAACUCAGGCAGGACGGGAGAUCCAGGCCCACCUGGAGACAAGGGAGCUCAAGGAUACAGGGGUCCCAAAGGUCCUCCUGGAGAGAGAGAGCCUGAGUGCGAGCUGGUCACGUUAAUCAGAGACAACUGUCAAUGUUGCACUGGUAUGUAUUAUAACUCCAUUCAGUCUCUCAGAACAGUGUGUCACUGUUCGGCUUGGACCCGCAUUUAUUUCGACACUGAUAAAGAAUGUCCAGCCUACCCCACCGAGCUGGUGUUUGGUCUGGACAUGUCGGAGGACGUGACCGAGACAGCCUUCAACAAUCAGCGAAAAGCCCUUGUCAACCUGCUGGAGGACAUCAACAUCUCUGAGAGCAACUGUCCGAACGGUGCUCGUGUCGCUGUGGUGGGUUACGACGCCAGUGUCACGUACCUGAUCCGCUUCCAGGAUUACCACCGCAAGAAAAAGCUGAUCAAAUCUGUGAAGAACCUCCGCUGGGACUCAAUGCCUGAGCGGCGCAACCUGGGGGCCGCCAUGCGCUUCGUGGCUCAUAACCUCUUCAAACGUAUUCGUGCAGGAGAGAUGAUGAGGAAGGUGGCCGUCUUUUUCUCCAAUGGGCCGUCACAGGACAAUUCUGAAAUUGUCACCGCCAUGAUGGAGUACCGGGCCCUCAACAUCGUCCCAGUGGUCAUCUCUCUGCGUAACGCUCCGGCUGUUGAACGAGCGAUGGAGGUCGACGACACAAGAAACUUCGUCUAUACAAUGAUGGGACAGGACGUGGCUGCAGACCUGCAGAAGGUCAAGGACUGUGCAAUCUGUUACGACCCCUGUAGGCGUUCAGAGUUGUGCACCUUCAUCCAGGACGUCCCAACUCCUCAGGAAGUCAACAUGGACCUGGUGAUGGUGUUGGACAGCUCCAGGGAGAUGCAGACUGAUGAGUACGCCGGCGCCCAGCAGCUGCUUGGCUCUGUGGUGCAACAGCUGGUCGUGAGCCCACAGCCCCGCAGGGUCGGCAGACAGGCCCGUGUGGCUGUAGUCCAACAGAGCAGCACCCGAAAGCCCAAGGUGGAGUUUGGACUGGUCACCUACCAGAACCACAACCUGAUGAGGAGCCACCUGCUGCGGAACAUGACGCAGCAGGGUGGCUCCUCGGCGCUGGGACAGACGCUGGAGUUCACCCUGAGGGACGUGCUCCUGAAGGCCGGCCAGCCCCGGAGGAGGAGGGCGAUGCUGACUGUGGUGGGCACCCGCACGGCUUCUGAGGACCAAGCCCGGCUGCGCUACAUCUCCCAGAAGGCCAAGUGUGAGGGGGUGGCGCUGUUUGUGGUGACAGUCGGCGAUCGCUACGACCAGGCGCAGGUGGAGGAGCUGGCCGGUUUGCCUGUGGAGCAGCACCUGAUCCACGUGGGCAGACUGAGGCCUGACGAGCAGGACUACGCCCAGCGCUUCUUCAGAGUCUUCCUCUCCACCCUCACACUGGGGACGAACGUGUAUCCUCCUCCUUCACUGAGACAGACCUGCAGCCAGCUGAGGGAGCCACAAGAGGCUCUAGCAUUUGAAAAUGGUCAGGGGUCAGCAGACCUACAGAUGGAUUUUGCGGAGGAGUUUGAGGAGCAGAGAGGAGGAAAGACUCAGUCUAGACACCAGGACGUCGUUGAAACGUUGACCAAAGAAGACAGCCAGAGUUCCCUCUCAGGAGCUGAAGUCAAUGAACCUGUCAUCCUGCCGGCGCCGGAGACGACCACUACCAUCCCCAAAGACCCCUGUCUCCUCAGCCAGGACGCCGGCGGCUGCCAGAACUACACCAUAAUGUGGUUCUUCGACAGCGACAAGGGUAGAUGCUCUCGCUUCUGGUACGGCGGCUGCGACGGCAACGAAAACCGCUUCAAGACUCAGGAGGAUUGUGUGAAACUCUGUCUGACAAGGAAGCGAUUAAGAAGAGGAGGAGCAGCAAGACGUUUCGUUUAUCGCCGGAGCGGUUAAAGGAAACUGCCACUUUGCACUUAAAGCGAAACAGGAAAAAUCUUCCAAAAGCAUGUGCAUCUUCAAGGAAAAAUACCAAGGCAACCUCACAGAGGGUUGAAAAGCGUUCACUCACAGCUCAGUGCAAACCAGAACACAUCAGGGAAAGAUCAACAUGUCCCAGAAUCUCAACAGAUGCUUAUUAAAUAGUUUUCCUCAUGACAAGUUGCCUUGCAUUGGUUUCCUUGAACAUGCAUGUUUUGUUUUUCCCUAAAAAGAGCAUCUUCUUUUCCAGUUUUUUUUAUUGUUACUGUUUGUCACCACCUGGUGUUUUACACUUGUUAACUGUCUGUUGGACAUUGAUUCCACCUUUUACUGUACACAACUGAGCGCUGUGCUGCUUCUUUCAGGAUAUUUUCGAUUUUUCAUGAGAUCAGGUGCUAUUUCUGAGAGAAGAUAAAUUGUUGCAGGUCAAAAAACAGAACAAAUACAACUGAAAUACAGGUCACAUGAUUCAUCUGAAUUUAGCAACAUUUCUUCAGUAACACACUAUCAUUUUAUAUUUUGUACUAGUUUCUAUUAAAAUAAA